CACGUUUCCUCCAUUGACACCGGAGGAGAUCUGCUCACACCCAGCCACGGACGGAACAUUCAGACGUCGCCGGAAAUUCCAUCUGUUAUCCCAAACCGAGCCGACAGGGUGAGUCUGCCAGCUCCCCCGUUAGGCAAGGACGUGCCAGGAGCUGCUCAACACCGGCGGAGGUAAUGGAUCCGGCAAACACGCCGCUCGGCCGAAUGCUGCUGGACGAGAUCAGCCCGGUGGUGAUGGUCCUUACCACGCCUCUCGUCGAUGAAGCCUGCCAGAAGAACGGCCUCUCCUUCAUUGAGAUGCUCAGCCCCUUCUGCGUCUUCAACAACAUCGAUGUGCCCGUACGGACGGCGAGUGAUCAACCUUACAGGCUUCAGAAGUUCAAGCUCCGACUGUUCUAUGCAUCGGAUAUUAGGCAGCCUGAUUUGCAGGUCACAAAAGAGAGAUUAAAGGAGGUAAUCACCAAGGCUGGUGAGGAGGAGAGUCUUAAUCUGCACCUUGAUGCACCUCAGCCUGAUGAUUUACUCUCUCGCUCUGAAUCUGAGGUUCUGCCAUCCUGGUUUAAGUUCUUCAAUAAAGAGCUUAUACGAACAUUAUCAUUUUCAGAUCAUGAAGCUUUUGACCAUCCUGUUGUGUGUCUUUUAGUUGUUUCUUCAAAGGAUGACCAGCCUGUGAACCGAUUUGUCGAUCUUUUUAACACUGAUCAGUUGCCUUCGCUUCUCAAUGAUGGUGCCAUGGAUCCAAAAAUUCAUAAGCUCUAUUUGUUACUGCAUGAUAAUCAAGAUGCACCACCAGAGAAGGCAACUAAAUUUCUGUCUGAAAUGAAGAGUACCUUUGGGGCCAAUGCAUUGCAGUUACUCUGCAUUAACUCUUCACGGGAUGGGCUUGUAGAACAUUUGGAGAAUCCAUGGACUCUUUAUAAAAGUGAUGCUUUGUCUACUCAUAGCCUUGGUCGCUUCCUUAACAAGGAUGAUGUUAAUGAGAUAAAAGAUCUAACACAAGAUCUGGCAUCAAAACAUGUUAUUCCUUCCAUGGAAGAAAAAGUACGAGUGUUGAACCAGCAGGUUUCUGCUACAAGGAAAGGAUUUAGAAACCAGAUAAAAAACCUGUGGUGGAGAAAAGGGAAAGAAGAGUCUCUUGAUGCAUCUAAUGGCCCUACGUACACAUUUAGCUCCACUGAAUCCCAAAUCAGAGUUUUGGGUGACUACGCCUUUAUGUUACGGGAUUAUGAACUUGCAUUGUCAAACUAUCGCCUCAUUUCAACGGACUACAAGCUUGACAAAGCCUGGAAACGAUAUGCUGGUGUGCAGGAAAUGAUGGGAGUUACAUACUUUAUGCUGAACCAUUCCAGGAAAGAGGCAGAAUACUGCAUGGAAAAUGCAUUUAACACUUACUUAAAAAAUGUACCAGCUGGACAUCAAAAUGCUACAAGGUGCGGCCUUUGGUGGAUAGAGAUGUUGAAAGCAAGAGAUCAAUACAAAGAAGCAGCCAGUGUCUAUUUUCAUAUAUCCGGUGAGGAAUCUCUCCAUUCUGCUGUGAUGCUUGAGCAAGCAUCUUAUUGCUACUUGUAUUCCAAACCACCCAUGCUGCGCAAGUAUGGGUUUCAUCUAGUCCUUUCUGGAAAUCAGUAUAAAAAGUGUGAUCAGAUUAAACAUGCAAUUCGCACAUAUCAAAGAGCAAUUUCUGUGUUCAAGGGAACAACAUGGAGCUAUAUAAAAGAUCACGUUCAUUUUCAUGUUGGACAGUGGUAUGCUUUCCUUGGGCUAUAUGAUGCUGCCGUCGUCCAUAUGUUAGAAGUUUUGAUGUGUGCUCAUCAGUCCAAGACAACCCAAGAGUUAUUUCUGAAGAAUUUCCUCCAUUUUGUUCAGAAAGCUGGGAAAGCUUGUGAAGUGUUGAAAUUGCCUUUGCCCAUUAUUAAUGCCUCAUCUCUGAAGGUUGUUUUUGAGGAUCAUCGAACGUAUGCAUCACCUGCAGCUAUUGGUGUUAGAGAGAGUUUGUGGCGAUCAUUUGAGGAGGAAGUCAUCCCAUCAUUGCCUACUGCCAGGACUAACUGGUUGGAGGUACAGUCAAAGCCUAUCUCAAGAAAACGCAAGGAAUCAAAUGUCUGCAUUGUUGGAGAAGCCAUACAGGUGGAUGUUGAAUUUAAAAAUCCUUUGCAAAUAUCUAUUCCUCUCACCAAUGUGUCAUUGAUAUGCGAGCUUUUUGAAAGAUCCGAUGAAGCACAGACGGAUGCUAGUACUUCCAGUGAGCUUCAGAAUAAUGAGCAUAUUAACUUGACUGCUGAAAGGCUAAUGAAUUUCGAUAAGUCAUCUUUUGCUUUAUCUGAUGUCGACUGUACCUUGGAAAGUGGAAGUACAACAAUGGUGAAACUAACAGUUACUCCCAGAGAAGAAGGCAUUCUGAAUAUUGUGGGUGUUAAGUGGAGACUCUCAGGCUCUGUGGUUGGUUGCUAUAACUUUCUUACGACUACAAUGAAGAAGACUGCUACGAGGAAAAAGAAACAAAAGCGUUCUUUUACUGAUAACUUAAAGUUUGAAGUAAUCAAGAGUCUUCCCAAGUUAGAGGGUCUCAUUCAUACACUUCCUGAGAAAGUUUAUGCAGGAGAGCUACGACAUCUUACUUUAGAAUUGAGCAACAUGUCAGAAGCAGCAGUAAAGAAUCUGAAGAUGAAGAUUAGUCAUCCGAGAUUCCUUAAUAUUGGAAAGGCAGAGCACCUCAAGGUAAAAUAUCCGACCUGCCUUGAAAAGAGAACAGAUGGGGAGCAAACUGGUUCACUUGCCCAGCCGAUAGAGGGGUCUGACAGCGUCUUUCACUUUCCAAAUGACAUCGUGGUCCGAAAAGAUAGUCCCCUUUCUUGGCCUCUUUGGUUUCAUGCCGCUGUGCCAGGAAACAUAUCUCUGUACAUAGUAUUGUAUUAUGAAAUCGAGGAUGCAGAAAGUUUCAUGAAGUACCGCACUUUGCGUAUGUUCUAUAAUUUGGAGGUACUGCCUGCAAUUGACGUAUCCUUCCAAAUCAGUCCCCUGCCAUCUACACUGCAGAAGUUCCUUGUGAGGAUGGACGUGGCAAGCAGGACAUCUUUGGAGGAUUUUCAGAUUCAUCAGCUGUCAUCUCUUGGGUCUCAGUGGGAAAUCUCACUGAUUGACACUCUCUUUCAUCCACCACUUCUAAUGUCUGCUCAAGCAUUCACUUGUUUCUUGAUGCUAAAGAGAUGUGAAAAACCCAAGGGCUCCGAUGAGGUCUCUUCUCUUACUCCCUGUAUUGGAGGUGAUGUGAAAUUGAGUCCUAACGAUGACGGCGAAUCAUUGUACGAUAUUUCUCUCUCACCGUUGAGUGAUUUCCACAACUGUGAAAGACUUCACCAAGAAAAGCCAUCUCAGGGAGAUUCUGAUACAGUUGAUUUUGUUCUGAUUUCUCGCCGAGUGCAUAGUGAGAGCGGCUCUGGAGUUUCUUAUUCACCUUGCCUCUUGUCUAAUCACGCUUGCCACUGCAGCAUCUCAAGUUCAAGUCCAAUAUCAUGGGCAGUUGAGGGUCCCCGUGAGAUACACCACAACUUCUCAGCCUCAUUCUGCGAGGUUUCCUUGAGAAUGACUCUCUAUAACUCAUCAGAUGCGGUUGCAUCUUUACGUGUCAACACCCUGGACUCGAACCAAAGUGGGUUCCUGUUAAGUGAUUCCAGUGCAGUCCUCCCUACAAACCAAGAAGGCUGGUACAAUGUGUCCUUGGAGAGUGAAAUCAAAGUAACGUCCGAUGUUCGUGGGACUAUUCUGAAUUCCCUAUCAUCGGAGAGCAUCCGCCCUAUCAUAUGGUCCGGUUCAAGCUCGACCAAACUUCAGCUCGAGCCCAGUUCUACAGUACAAAUUCCUCUUCAGGUUUGUAUAUUCUGCCCCGGGACAUACGAUCUCUCAAACUACGUUGUCCAGUGGAAUCUGCAGUGGCCCAUUGACCAAGGGAAUGAGGAAACAAGGCCAAAUUCGGGGACUUGCCCGGGAUAUCCAUAUUACAUCACCGUACUUCCAUCCUCGUGAAUGACUGACUAUAUGAUCACAAGGUCCGGCUUCAUCAUGAUUCUUUUGUAACAUCUGUUUUGUGGCAUUGUCCUGGAAUUAAUGUAUUUAAUACAGAGAGAAGAAAUUGUAAAAGGUUCUGUGCAGGUAGGAAAUGUGAGCACUUCUCGUUCAAAUUAUAGAAUAAGGUCACUUGCCUUUGUGGAUAUUCGAGUCUUGAGAAAUCAGUUUUCAGUUAAAGAACUUUGAUGAAUGUGAACUUGCCGUUGUUGGCUGUAUUUUUAUCUCUGCAUGGAUUUAUUUCCUUGGAUA